AUGCCGGCGGCGGCGGGGGACGGGCUCCUGGGCGAGCCGGCGGCGCCCGGGGGCGGCGGCGGCGCAGAGGACGCCGCCAGGCCGGCGGCGGCCUGCGAGGGAAGUUUCCUGCCGGCCUGGGUGAGCGGCGUGCCCCGCGAGCGGCUCCGCGACUUCCAGCACCACAAGCGCGUGGGCAACUACCUCAUAGGCAGCAGGAAGCUGGGCGAGGGCUCCUUCGCCAAGGUGCGCGAGGGGCUGCACGUGCUGACCGGAGAGAAGGUGGCCAUAAAAGUCAUCGACAAGAAGAGAGCCAAAAAAGACACCUAUGUCACCAAAAACCUUCGGCGAGAGGGGCAGAUCCAGCAGAUGAUCCGCCACCCUAACAUUACCCAGCUCCUUGAUAUCUUAGAGACAGAAAACAGCUACUACCUGGUCAUGGAGCUGUGUCCUGGGGGCAACCUGAUGCACAAGAUAUAUGAGAAGAAGCGGCUGGAGGAAUCCGAAGCUCGCAGAUACAUCAGGCAGCUCAUCUCUGCGGUGGAACACCUGCACCGGGCUGGGGUGGUCCACAGAGACUUGAAGAUAGAAAACUUGCUGCUAGAUGAAGACAAUAAUAUCAAGCUGAUUGACUUUGGUUUGAGCAACUGUGCCGGGAUCCUGGGCCACUCCGACCCGUUCAGCACACAGUGUGGCAGCCCCGCGUACGCUGCGCCCGAACUCCUUGCCAGGAAGAAAUACGGCCCCAAAAUCGAUGUCUGGUCCAUAGGUGUGAACAUGUAUGCCAUGCUGACCGGGACCCUGCCUUUCACGGUGGAGCCUUUUAGCCUGAGGGCUUUGUACCAGAAGAUGGUGGACAAGGAAAUGAACCCCCUUCCCACCCAGCUCUCUACAGGAGCCGUGAACUUCCUGCGUUCUCUCCUGGAACCAGAUCCUGUGAAGAGGCCCAAUAUCCAGCAAGCACUGGCGAAUCGCUGGCUUAAUGAGAAUUACAUGGGCAAAGUGCCAUGCAAUGUCACCUAUCCCAACCGGAUUUCCCUGGAAGACCUGAGCCCGAGUGUGGUGCUGCACAUGACGGAGAAGCUGGGCUACAAGAACAGCGACGUGAUCAACACCGUGCUCUCCAACCGCGCCUGCCACAUCCUUGCCGUCUACUUUCUCUUAAACAAGAAGCUCGAGCGCUAUUUGUCAGGGAAAUCCGACAUCCAGGACAGCGUCUGUUAUAAGACCCAGCUCUACCAGAUAGAAAAGUGCAGGCCCACCAAGGAGCCCUAUGAGGCCUCCCUGGGCACCUGGACAAGAGACCUCGAAUUUCACGCUGUGCAGGAUAAAAAGCCCAAAGAACAAGAAAAAAGAGGGGAUUUUCUUCAUCGGCCGUUUUCCAAGAAGUUGGAUAAGAACCUGCCAUCGCACAAACAGCCCUCAGCCUCGCUCAUCACGCAGAUUCAGAGCACCAGGGCCCUGCUGAAGGACCGGAAGGCCGCCAAGCCUGGCUUCCCCGACAAAGAUUCCUUCGGCUGCCGCAAUAUUUUUCGCAAAACCUCGGACUCCAAUUGCGUGGCUUCCUCCUCCAUGGAGUUCAUCCCUGUGCCGCCCCCCAGGACACCCAGGAUUGUCAAGAAACCAGAGGCCCCUCAGCAGGGGCCUGGGAGCGCUGGCAUCCCUGCCAAGGAAGACCCCCCGAUGCUGGAUAUGGUGCGCUCCUUUGAGUCUGUGGAUCGUGACGACCAGACGGAACUGCUGUCCCCGUCCCAUCACUAUAGGAUUCUGAACUCCCCUGGAGGCCUGGCUCGAGGGAAUCCCGGUGACCGGACGCUCUCUCCCGUCCUGCUGCCUGGAAGCCCAUCACCUCUCCAAACUCCUUUGCACCCCACUCUGGUCUCCUUUGCCCACGAAGAUAAGAACAGCCCCCCCAAAGAGGAGGGCAUGUGUCCCCCAGCCCCGGGGCCCGGCAACGGCACCACACAGCCCCUGGGGAGCCCUAACUGUGUGAAAAGCCGAGGCAGGUUCCCCAUGAUGGGCAUCGGACAGAUGUUGAGGAGGCGGCAUCAGAGCCUGCAGCCCUCCGCAGACAGGCCCCUGGAGGCCAGCGUGCCCCCGCUGCAGCCCCUGGCCCUGAGCCCCUCCUUCGACGUGGCUGACGGGGUCAAAGGCCAGUGUUAA